UCCGAUAAUCCCUUACUUGUGAUAACAAAUUUUCAUUCGUUAACAAAAAUUCCAAUUUCUUUCCAGAAACCCUUCCAUCUUUUACGAUCGGUACUCUCAAAACUUCCCAACAGACGAGCCGCAUCAAUUUGCAAAUGGAUGCAAAAAGUUUAGCCAAAUCUAAGAGAGCUCACUCUCAACACCAUACCAAGAAGUACCAUUCCAAUCACAAACAGAAACCCUUCAAUGGCACCACCAAUGAAUCUCUCAAAAACCCGCUUCCCAACGAUAAUCUUCCUUCAAAUUGGGAUCGUUACGGCCAAAAUACUUCCACCGCUGAGGCUACGCCAGCGCCGCUUCCCGAUGUUAUUUUGCCCAAGAGCAAAGGGGCUGAUUACCGCCACCUCAUUGCCGAGGCUCGAUCGCAGAUGCAGUCGUGUACUUCUACGGAUGUUUUUCCGUCUUUGGAUGAUGUUUUCCCGGGUGAGUUGAGUGGUGGAGGAUCUGCUAUGCUUGCAGCAAGGGGGGAAGGCCUCUUGUCUUGGGUUGAAGAUGAUAGUUUCAUUGUGGAUGAAACAGCCACUUCAAUUCCUGAGGCAUCAUUUCUUUCAUUAAAUCUGCAUAUGUUAGCAGAUCAACUACAGAAAUUAAACGUAGCACAAAGGCUCUUUAUUGAGGAGGAUAUAUUACCAUCAGAACUGAUGCAACCAUCUGAGUGUCAAGAGGCAGAAAGAAAUAUUGAUUCAUCAGUCACUGAGAAAGGAAAUGUCGAAGACAGAGUUCAGGAUGCGAUCGUUGCUUCUUCAUCUAGCUACUUUGGAAGUAACCAGCAAGAUCCAACCUUCAAUCCAUCACCAACUUUGUCAAAUCAGGUCCAAUAUAAUGCCUGUCCAAUUGAGUUGGAAAUAUCCAGCCAAACUAAGGAUCCAAAGUACACAGACCAAGCUAACACAAAGUUCACAACUGAAAAUUCAAACAAAAAACUCACGAAGCUUGAAGCAACAACUGCAGAAGCCGAAUUGGAUAUGCUUCUGAACUCAUUCAGUGAUACAAUAGACCUGGGCACCACCGCUGCAAGUAGCUCGUCCCGCAUAGAUGAAGUGUCUAAACCUUCUUUUCACCUUCCAAAUAAAGGUCCAUAUUCAACAAAGAAGCCACCCAUUGCUUCAGAACUUGAUGAUGCGUUGGAUGAAUUGCUUCAAGAUACAUCCUAUCUAACAUCCCAUAUAGAAAAGCCUAUCAACACUCAUAUCCAAUCUCUUUCACUCCAUUCUGGAACCAACUCCAUUGCCAAGGAUGAUUUUGAUUCUUGGAUUGAUUCAAUUUGAACUCUGUAAGUAAAUGAAUUUGAUACAUGAUAAUUUAGUCUGUGCUAUAGUUACCUGUUUCAUUUUUUUGAGCUAGAUAGUACCAUUAUUUUAAUCUUAACACUACUGGGGCUGGCAUUAUUACUCUUUUCAUACAACCCCCCAUGUAAACUAAUUUGUUAUGUAGUAAUUUACUAAUUUAGUAUGUGCACUAAUUUCAAUGUGCUUCUAGAAAAAAUUGUACUACUAUGGUAGUACACUACAUACUUCUUUCUUCUGUAUAGACAACUAGAAAUUUGCUCACAA